AAAAUGUACGCUUCUCCACAUAAUUUCUGGGCAAAUUCUGCCCAUUGUGGAUUCUCCGUACACACUUUCUCUCUCCUCCUUACACCACCACAAAAAUAUUCACAAGUUACAGUUGCUUAUUACUUCUAAUCUUAAACUAAUUUACUGCUAACUAUGAAGAAUAUGAGUUAAUCAUUAUGCAUUUAUGAUUUAUGCUCAUAAUUUUUGUUAAUUAUGGCGGAUUCUAUGGUCUUUUCUCAUUGCUUCAAGGGUUCUGAAUUCACAUAUAAGAAGAUUUUCAAUAAAACCCCCUCUACUGAAAACUCAAGUUUUCGUAGAUAUUCGUUUCAGUUAUUAUCUUCCAGGGAUCGUCUAUUCCAUCGGCCAUCAUACAGCAGCUAUCCAAGGUUACAAGAAAGUUAUGUUACAAGAACCGGAUGGGAGAAAUUGUCAACAUCAGUUCCAGCAAAUUUUAGUCAUAGAAAAUUAUUCUUUUCAGGCUCUAGAACAGGUGACAGCAAAAGAUUUCAGUUGCAUGCUGUGGUUGAUGUAGCCAGUGCUGUUGAUGUCAUUAAUGACUUGGGGUUGGAUACCUUGACAUUCUUGGUGGUUACUGUCGUUAUUGUCCCUGUAUUCAGAACUAUAAGGGCUAGCCCUAUACUUGGAUUCUUUUUUGCUGGCGUUGUUCUAAAUCAAUUUGGCCUCAUCAGAAAUCUUACUGAUGUUAAAGUUCUCUCAGAGUGGGGUAUCCUUUUCCUGCUUUUUGAGAUGGGUUUAGAGCUUUCACUUGCGCGAUUGAAGGCUCUUGCUAUAUUUGCUUUUGGUAUUGGAUUGCCUCAGGUUCUGUUGUCCACACUUGCUUUCUCGGCAUUUGAGCUUCCUCCAAAUGAGGCAAUCGGGACUAAACUUUUGAUGUUUUUGUUUCAUUCACGGCCCGAUUUGGUUAACAUCAGGAGUAUUGAUGAGGCUAUAGUCAUAGGUGCUGCUCUAUCAUUGUCAUCGUCUGCCUUUGUUUUACAGCUUCUUGCUGAGAAGGGUGAGCUUCCAACAAGAUUUGGCUCAGCUACUUUGGGCAUUCUGCUGCUUCAGGAUAUAGCAGUUGUCCCUCUCUUGGUGGUACUCCCGGUGUUAGAAGGCCAGAAUUUAGGAGAGCAAAGCAUAUGGCCUAUGCUUGUCAAUGAAAGUCUGAAAGCUUUACUCGGACUUGGAUUGCUCUCUCUUGGAGGGAAAUUCCUUCUGAGGCGAAUCUUUGAGGUUGUUGCAGAAACAAGGAGCUCAGAAGCUUUUAUUGCUCUUUGCUUACUUACAGUUGCUGGGACUUCACUUGUUACGCAAAAGCUUGGCUUCAGUGACACGCUCGGAGCUUUUUUGGCUGGUGCCAUACUGGCAGAGACAAAUUUCAGGACACAAAUUGAAGCUGAUAUAAGACCAUUCCGGGGUUUACUUCUAGGAUUGUUCUUCGUCACCACAGGAACUUCUAUUGAUAUGCAGCUUCUUUCCCGAGAAUGGCCUAAUGUUCUCGCGCUCUUGGGUGGCCUGAUUGCUAUUAAGACCACGAUAAUUACAGUCCUAGGUCCCCGGGUUGGACUAACCUUACGAGAAAGCGUAAGAAUAGGAUUUCUUUUGUCCCAAGGAGGUGAAUUUGCAUUUGUGGUUUUCUCUCUAGCAAAUAGGCUGGGAGUUUUACCUCUUGAGCUCAACAAACUUCUCAUAAUUGUUGUUGUGCUAUCAAUGGCACUGACGCCUUUUCUUAAUGAACUUGGACGGCAAGCUGCUGAUUUUGUUGCUGAAAAAUUUGAAGCGGACAUUAAAGCUGCAGAUAGCUUGAACUAUGAUGUUAGUGAACCAGUGGUUAUUCUUGGAUUUGGACAAAUGGGUCAGGUCCUUGCAAACUUUUUGUCAGCACCAUUGGCAUCGGGUGCAGAUGGUGAAGCUGCGGGUUGGCCAUAUGUUGCUUUUGAUCUUAAUCCUUCCGUUGUCGAGUCAGCCAAGAAGCUUGGGUUUCCAGUCCUAUACGGCGAUGGAUCUAGACCGACAGUUUUGCAGUCCGCCGGCAUAUCUUCUCCUAAAGCUGUUUUAGUCAUGUAUCCGGAUAAGAGCAAGGCAAUCAAUGCAGUUGAAAGCAUUCGACUCACAUUUCCAUCGGUCCCAAUAUAUGCUAGAGCCCAAGAUCUUCAGCAUCUGUUGGAUUUGAAAAAAUCAGGUGCAACUGAGGCAAUUAUUGAGAAUGCAGAGACAAGUUUACAGCUCGGCUCCAAGCUUCUUAAAGGAUUCGGUGUAAUGUCUGAUGAUGUAGAUUUCCUGAGUCAACUUGUCCGAAAUUCCAUGGAGAUUAAUGCUCAAGACACAGUGAACAAAACUAAAGAUCAAGAAUACAGUGUAAUGCAGCCUGUGCAGGUUCGAGUUACAGAUUUGAUCACUCCAAAAUCAACGGGAGUUGCUGAUACUGAUGAUAGCUUUUCGGAUUCAGUUCAGCUGAGUGAAGAUGAUGUUUCAGACGUUGAGGACGAUGGUGUCUCUUAUUUGAAAAUGGGCAGUGAGAACAAUUCAGUGAUUAAAGGCGAAGAGAGUGAUAAUCUUUCCCUCAAGUCCCCAAAUGACAGGAUGUGAAAAAUCAGACAAAUUUUGUACAUGAUGUUGUAUUGUUUUGUGAUUAAUGUACUUCUAUUACUAUUCUUAUACAAUUAUAGAGUUUCUCCGGAAUGUAACUUUUUCAUGAUGAUUUUAUUAUUGCGACCAAUGUAGGAUAAGAUACAAUGAUGGAAUUAUUUUGAUGUAAAUAGUGAAAAUCUUAAACUUUAUAUUGAUUUUGUCUUUCAGUUUGCCUAAAAACUUCGUUUAGGCAAGUAAGAAAGGCGCAUAAUUAUGAUAAA